AUCCACCAAUCGACAGGGAGACGGAUUAUCAUCUCUUGGGCCAACUACUUCUACUGUCUGCUUGGAUCAGCACGGAUAUGGAUCCCCAGGGAAACCAUCAAAGCCCACCUGCCACCCGAGUUCAAGGACUAUCCAGACACCCAGGUAGUGAUCGACUGCACUGAACUCCGCUGCCAGACAACAUCUUCACUACUACUGAAGAGUGAGGUGUUUUCUUCCUGUUACAGGAAUUAAAUUCCUCGGUUUUAAAACCCAAUUAAAAUUAAUCACUCUGUCAAUUCAUAAGAGUCUGUAAGACCCUUAUUUGUAUAAAAUGGACAGAGACCAGUCUUUGAAAUCAACCAGCUGUAACGGUAUUCCUGUGGUGAAGUAGAGGCAGACCAAAACGCAGCGUGGUUAUAUUGAUUCAUGUUUAAUAAAAAAAAAGAUAAACACGAACACUACAAAACAAUAAAUGUGGAAAACCAAAAACAGCCCUAUCUGGUACAAAACACAGAGACAGGAACAGUCACCCACAAACACACAGUGAAACCCAGGCUACCUAAGUAUGAUUCUCAAUCAGAGACAACUAAUGACACCUGCCUCUGAUUGAGAACCGUACUUGGCCGAAACAUAGAAAUACCCAAAACCUAGAAAAACAAACAGACUGCCCACCCAACUCACGCCCUGACCAUACUAAAUAAAUACAAAACAAAGGAAAUAAAGGUCAGAACGUGACACCAGCUGCGUUUAUUCUCGUGAGUAUUGCUCAUUAUACAUUUUAUCACAGGUUAUAAACUGAAAAUGACGUCAGCGUUUUCUAAACUGUUCCGUCUGUUCUCGACACUGGUACAAAGGCUGUAUAGUUCUCAAGCCUUCCCACAUCGUCUAGAGCCAAGGUCAGCCUGUGUAGAUAAGCAUUCUAGCCAGUCUGGCGAUAUAGUUCAUUCAUUUCUACCCAGGAACAGACAGUCAUUGUUCUAAUUCUUGAUUAUAUUUACACACAUUAUAUUCAGUACUAGGAUUAGAAAGAAAAUUAAUACAUAUACAGUAACAUAAUAGUAUUCAUUCUGAUUAGUACAUAUACAGUAACAUAAUAGUAUUCUGAUUAGUCUGAUUGAAAUGUAUACAUAAUUAGUCAUUAUUGAUAAAAAAUUUCCUACAAGUCACACUGUACCUUUAAGGGCAUGUUGGGAAUGUCACCACAUGGAGCUGUCACUUUUGUCAUCCUUGUGUGCUGGAUCUGCGAUUGACAAGGAGAUCUUCAAGCAGUCUGGAUUUAUUUCCUUACUGUACAUGUGUUUAUUUGGUAGUAGCAAAAUAAUAAUUCGUUUAUCUACGACAUGUAUCCAUCAUUUGUGUUGUAGUGAAUAUCAGUUUGUGUGGAGCUUGUAAUUGGCUUUAAUGAGUUUAGGGGUGGGGGAAAGAAAAGAAAUCAAGUAAACACAGAAUAGCCAGAAUGCAAGACUGUAUACAGUGUUAGAGAUGUGUAAUUGAUUAACUGAACUGUUGAACAUUUGCUGAAAUACAUUAUUUUAAACAAAUAUAUUAUACUGCAGUUUUCUUCACAAGAACAUCAAUACUUAUUUUUCAUGAAACCACUAAACUUGGCACCCAUGCAGAGGGGAUCCAUUCAGGUGCGAGAGACACUUCAGCAAGUAGUGGUAAAAAUAAGUGUUCAACCUGCUCUCUUAUAGUUUUUGAAACCUGUAGAUCUUUAGAUAUCCUUUCAACUAGGAUGUCCUCCUGUGCACAGAUGACAAAGUCACACCAGCUACAACCUGUGAGAAGAAUUUGACCUUGCACCUGCCAGUAGUAAGCAUGAAAUCUCUUCAACUUCAGCUCUCCAUUCUGUAUCCUCAGGUAAAGGCAGUCAACAUAACUUUGUACAUUUGGGCACUUGACCUCUAAGAGUCCAAAGUGUGGUCUCACACUGGGAUCAAAUAUAAUGCCAUCUGGAGAGGAUCCUAACCACGGAGCAUCUGGGUGCACUACGAAGCCACAUGGAAAGAAGUUAACAUUCUUCAGUGUGCAGUACUCCUGUACAGCCACUGGCUCCAUGGCUAGCCCCCUCUUCAUCUCCACACCAGAUCCCUUGAACAUCCGCUCAGCUCGGCGGUCCGCUGAGGUCUCUCCCCGGACAUGGCAAACCUCUCGGAAACGAGAGGAUGUUAAUUCUCAUUUUCCUGAGCUGAUGCCAUUCCGGGCUGCUGCUCUGCUCCCUUGUAGCAACCUCGACUUUGUGUGACAUCUCGUAGGUUGUCUCUAAUGCCUUGACCUGGAACUGCCCCUGAUGGCUAAGGAUGUGAGCACACUGGGAAGACUGAAGCCCGUUGCCAUCUAACGGAAGUAUUAAUGGAGAAGGGGCAUCGGCAAUUUUCACAAUUUCACGGGUCUUUGGCUGUGGAAGUUGAUAGGACAGCACACUGCCAGCUUGCACUGGCCCAAAGGCGGACUCAACCAGGGGCACAUCAGCUGACAUUUCCAUUAGUGUCACAAGAGGGGAAGGCACCUGCCAAACACCCUUCCCAAGUGAAAUCCUCUCCAGUGGUGUCCCGUCCUAGUUCUCCCUCUCCUACCAACCCUCUGGACAGUCAUGGAGACACCAGCCAAGAGGGCGCAACAGUCAGACCUCUGUCUCUUCAGGACCACUCUAUCUCAAGGCCCCAGAGGUCAGGCUCAGGUGCCAGAAGCCAGACUCUUCCCAGGGCCAGCUCAGCCACCAGAAGGUCAGAGGAGACCCAGGGGGCCAGAGGAGAACGGGGGGCCCUGGUCAACAUGGAACUUCUUGGGUUGCCUAACAUUGGCAACACUUGCUUCCUAAACGCCACCCUGCAGUGCCUCCUGGUCCUGCCUUCCUUCUCAAAGGAAAUCCUACGCCAGGAACAACUCUGGAGCUCCUCCCCCUUCUCCAACCUGCUCAGGUGUCUGUCUGAUGUGCACCGUUCGGGUCUACCUGACAGUGGCGCAAACCAGGCCUCAAAAGCAGACCUCAUGUGGAAGGUCAAGUACUCCUUGUCGGGAUAUGAUUUGAAGUAUCUGGGGGACACGCAACAGGACGCACACGAGUUACUUGUGAAUAUGCUGUGCCAGCUGAAGGAGGAGGGCAUGAUACUGAAGACACUCGGGGUGAACUAUACCUGCCCUGUUUCCCAGCUGGAGUUCCAGCUUGUCUCAGUGCGCACAUGUACCAGCUGUGGGCGCGAGUCGUCCACCAGAGAGGACUACAAUCACCUCUCAUUGGACUUCAGCUCUGAGCGCACCUUGCUAAGCAGCCUUGCACUCACUUUCAAAAGAGAAAAGGUUGAAUUCACAUGUGCGGGUUGCAAGGGCCUCCACGCCUCAAAGGUGGAGCAGUUCCACACACUGCCUCUUGUGCUGGUUCUGCAUCUGAAGAGGUUUGGAGGACCUGGGGGGUUGGAGAAGCUGGAGGCUCCUCUUUUGUUUCCUUCGGAGCUGAGGCUCUCCACCUUCUGUGGGGACACGGUGCCACCCCUGCACAGUGCCAGCCCACAGGCCCUCACCAACCAGACCCCCAAUAUUCAGGUGUCCAUCCCCCAGACCCUCGACAGCCAAGUCUCCAACCCACCCGGAGAGGCCAAAGAUAGCGCCCUCUGCUGUUCAGAUUCAAAUGACCAGGAACCAGGGAAAGUGCUGUGGACAGCCUCAGUGAAGCAGCCAGUGAAGUCAGUGAAUGGCUACUACCAGCUGACUGGCGUAGUCUCUCAUUUGGGAGGCUCCGCAAACUCCGGGCACUACAUUAGUGACAUCUUGAAUGCAAGUGGAAACUGGUUCUGCUGUAACGACAGCCAAGUGUCAAUGUCCAAUGAAGCCACUGUGCUGAAGACCAGAGCCUGGAGUGCUUACCUGCUCUUCUAUAUGUUCAAGUACUCUCGCCAUCUAUAUUCUUGUGUUGCUAUAUAUGUGUACUGCAUGUACAGUAAGUGGUUCCUUUCACCCUUCAGGGCAUGGGAGCAGGAGGCCCCAGCACACAGGGCCUAACAGGGCCACCGCCCCAACAGGGGCAGCACCUGGACCAGCCUCCACACACCAAGCUCAGCCUCAAAAGGCCCAGACUAAAUACCCUCAGCCCAGCUUCAACAGGGGUAGUCCCAGGCCCAGCCUCAACAUCCUCAUAUCUUCCUCAACAGGGGCAGCACCAGGCCCAGCUUCAACACCCCCAGCCCUGCCUCAACAGGGGCAGCACCAGGCCCAGCUCCAACACCCCCUGCCCAGCCUCAACAGGGGCAGCAAUGGCCCAGGCUCACAUCCCCAGCCCAGCCUCAAC